UCACUGGCGAAGUCUUUCGUGAGAACUUUUAUAAAACAAAAGUUUGGAGACACUUGAUCUUCACACCAGAUGUGCGCCUUCCCACACUGUUGCUACAAACUAGUAACAUAACGAUUUCUCUUUGCCUAAACUAAAGAGCUCAAACCUGUUCAAGCUAAAAGCAAGCAUGGGCUUUACAGGUUUGAUGUGGAAAAACUUGCUGGCACAAAACAAAAAAAAUCUGUCUGUCUAAAACAGUGUUUUAUCAUAGCUAUUCUUGGGUUAUUUAUUGUCAUCCUUUAAUGGAACUUUUCAUUAGUUAAACUGGUUUAAAAUGACUGUGCCUGCAUAUUUACACUUACUCUUUGAAACCCUGAACCUCCUGAUAUGGACGCUGAAUGAAACGCGGCCUGAGCUGCACCUACUGGGUGCUGUCUAUUUCGAUAUUUUCGGUAGGAACAUUGAUUUGGAACGCACCCUUCCGCGUUUCCAGCUUCACAGUGCAGCAGUUAUGGACGAUCAGACGACUCCUGUUCGCCAGCAGCAUUCUUUUAACAUUAAGAAACUGCAUGGAUAUUUAACGGGAAGACUUCACAGCGUUUCAGAAAACGCUACAGUUUCUGUGCGGCAAUACAGGUCUGGUCAGUCCAAUCCUACAUUUCUCAUUCAAACUCCAAACAAGAGCUUUGUACUCAGAAAGAAACCACAUGGCUCUUUGCUUCCUGGAGCUCAUAAGGUAGAUAGGGAGUAUGCUGUACAGAAAGCCCUGCACUCUGUUGGCUUUCCUGUUCCUCAGCCCCUGCUUUACUGCUCAGACACAAAUGUUAUCGGCACAGAGUUUUACAUUAUGGAACAUGUUCAGGGUCGUGUAUUCCGAGACCCUAGGCUACCGGGCAUCAGUGCAGCAGAGCGCAGUGCUCUCUAUGUAGCUGCAGUUGAGGUGUUAGCAAGACUUCACUCUGUUAACCUCACCACGGUCGGCCUAGUUGGUUAUGGGAAAGGGGCAGGUUACGCCAGGAGGCAGGUGUCCACAUGGACAAAGCAGUACAGAGCCUCAGCCAGCAGAAGCAUUCCAGCAGUGGGUGAGCUUUCUGAUUGGCUGAGCAACAAUUUGCCCUCCACUGAUGACCAAGUGACCCUUGUACAUGGUGAUUUUCGAAUUGACAACUUGAUAUUCCAUCCAACAGAGUCCAGAGUGCUAGCCGUAUUGGAUUGGGAGUUAUCCACAACUGGACAUCCACUUGCAGAUCUGGCUUACUUCCUCAUGCCGCAUUACUGCCCUACCUAUCUCAAUAUCUUUUCUGUUCUUGGUGGAGUUACAGGGACAGAGGGCAUCCCUUCUGCAGAAGACUUAAUCUCCAUUUACUGCCACUGCCGUGGAAUCCCUACUUCACUUCCACAUCAUAAUUUCUUUAUUGCCUUGGCCAUGUUUAAAAUGGCUUGCAUUGCACAGGGUAUUUAUGCAAGGUCUUUGCUAGGAAAUGCCAGUGCUCCAAAUGCAGCACAGUUUGGAGAGAGUGUGGAACCUUUAGUUCAGCUGGCAUUGAAGAUCGCUCACAGCGCCUCACAAGCUGUACAAGUUCCUGAGAGGCUAUUUCUCCAAUCUGCUAAAGGUUGCGCUGUCCUCCAGCAGGUUAAAGAUUUCAUGAAGCAACACAUACUGCCUGCUCAGAAGGAAAUUACUGAGUAUUACCUUAAACACUACAAUGGCCCUGAAAGAUGGAAAACACCUGCUGUGCUGGAAGAACUAAAGGCAAAAGCUCGUGCUGCUGGACUGUGGAAUCUUUUCCUGCCUGCAGUGAGUGAACUGUCUCAGUUGGAUUACUGCUACAUUGCUGAGGAAACUGGUCGAUGCUUCUAUGCCCCUGAGGUCUUCAACUGCCAGGCUCCAGAUUCAGGGAACAUGGAGGUGCUGCAUCUGUUUGGUUCUGAGGAGCAGAAAAAGCUCUGGCUAGAGCCCUUACUACGUGGAGACAUACGAUCCUGCUUUUGCAUGACUGAGCCAGAUAUUGCCUCAAGUGAUGCAACUAAUAUGGAGUGCACCCUGCACAAAGACAAAGACGAGUAUGUCAUAAAUGGAAAGAAGUGGUGGAGCAGUGGUGCAGGCAAUCCAAAGUGCAAGAUCGCCAUAGUGAUGUGCAAGAGCAAGUCAUCUGAUGCUGUCAGCAGACAUGGUCAGCACAGCAUGAUUUUGGUUCCUAUGGACACACCUGGUGUGAUGAAGAUUCGACCUCUUACUGUGUUUGGAGAAGAUGAUGCAUGCCAUGGUGGCCAUUUUGAGAUACACUUUGACAAUGUACAUGUUCCUGCAUCCAACAUUCUUUUGGGUGAAGGUCGGGGGUUUGAGAUAGCUCAGGGUCGCCUGGGCCCAGGAAGACUGCACCACAGCAUGAGGGCAGUUGGAUUGGCAGAACAGGCUCUUGAGCUACUUUGCCAAAGAUCUGGUAGCAGAAGCACCUUUGGCAAAAGGCUUUACCAACAUGAAGUGGUGGCUCAUUGGAUAGCAGAGUGUCGGCUCGCUAUUGAACAGGUGCGCCUCCUGGCUCUCCAUGCAGCUUAUGUACUCGACACACAGGGGAACAAAGCUGCAAAAAAACAGAUUGCAUUGAUAAAGGUAGCAGCUGGCAGGAUGGCUUGUAAGGUGGUGGACUGUGCCAUUCAGGUACAUGGGGGUGCAGGAGUAUCUGAUGACUUCCCACUUGCACACAUGUAUAGGUAUGCACGAGCUCUACGUCUAGCUGAUGGUCCUGAUGAGGUUCAUCUUUCUUCCAUCGCCAUAAUGGAGCUUAAGGAUCAGCUCAGACGAACAGCUGCUAAACUCUAAAGCAACAAUUACCUAUAGUUUUAAUAUAAUUACUUACUACUAGAUUUAUUUACAAUAAUCAAAUCUUAACGUAUUCUUCAUCCCUUAUUACUAAGUUUUUUUCAUAUAGUCAAAAAAUAUUGUGUUAAUAAAAAAUAUAAGUUGC